AUGGAGGAAAAGCAAGUCGUCUUUCAGGUCCUCAUGUUUGACGAGUUGAAGCUGGAGGAGAGACCACAGUGGGAGGACGCGACAAACAUGGUGCCUGGUGUAUGCCGGGAACAUGGUUGGAAAACGAGCUUGGAGCUGUGCACGGAGAAGGAGGUUGACCUGCUUUUCGAGGCCAUCAAGGCAGGGGAUGUUCACCUUGCAACGGAGGCAACUGUUGGUGCGAUAGGGGUUCUCAGUGGGGAGGGCCGUCUUUAUGGUGCUCGUCCAGUCCUUGUAUCUGGCUCGUGUAAACGCGAAACCGGGCUGGAACAUGCUCAGCUUAUCCAGCAUGUCAUUGAUGCUAGUCAAGCAACAUCCUUGCGAACGAUCUCAAUUGCAUCGGACGGAGAAUCACGACGUGGAGAAGCAUUGGUCCGCUUAACGUUCAAGCAUGCCUUAAAACCCACAUCACCACUCUAUCCCUUACUCAGCCAGCUGCCAUUUUUCAAUCUUGAAGUCGGAGAUGAUGACAUUACGGCGGAUAAGGAUUACAAGCAUGUGUUUAAACGCUUGCGAAACCUACUGCUUCGAGAGAAAGGUCUUACCGUUCAUGGAGUCCAUAUCAGGCCUUCCGUUAUCAGAAACCAGUUGCAAAGCAACAAGAUCUCGGGCGGGCGUAUCAACCACCUGCUGAACCCCGCAGACAAACAGGAUGUCAAGCUUGCCUUUGAUCUCCUGCGCGAAAUUUGGUCACUUCCUCCUCCUCCUCCCGGUUCAAGCCCCUCGUUUUACGACACUCGAAAGGCCCUGUGUACCCUAGGCCAGGUAUUUCGUCACGUCAUGCUUCCAUACAUAUGUGUCGACUUGUCCCUUUCCGAGCAGCUCACCCACUUGAGCGCGGCAGCACACCUACUUCUCGCCUUGGUAUCCGAAAACGAGGGUGUCACGAAGUUGAUGCCUACCCAGCUCUACAUCGACAUGAUGAUCAUGGUCAAAAAUGUAUACUUUUGUGUUGCCAAAGCCAAAGUAGACGCACCGGAUAGCCAAUUCUGGAUCACCCUUCUCGGAACAGACCGUUUGGAGACCCUUUUUGGGAUUCUUCGAACAAUGAUUGGGAAUGAUGCAAAUGUAGAUGCCUACCAGCUUGGAUCAAGGCUAACAGGGACAGCCGAAGUCUCAACCAUCCUUGCGAAGCACCCUGAAUGGGAUCGAGCACCCCGCCGCCUCAAGCUACCUGUUUUAUCCAAGGACGGCUUUGACAUCCAUUCGGAUGUGGAUCAUGUCAAUCCAGCGUCGUGGAGAGGCAAUGUACGGGUUCGGCAAGUCCUUCUGCAAACAUGUUGGAAACUCGGCUGCCAGAUGAUGGAGGACAAUAAUCCGGAUUUGGCGGUUAUGCUUCGUGGGCUUUCUGAACGCUUGGCGGACCUGUCUUCGCCACUUGGCAAUGACUUGAUUUGUGCUAGACGCGACACCAAUGAUGUCGACGAUACCCUCGAGCGCACCGCGGUAACUACCCAAACAGCUGCUUCCGUAGCUCCGGAUGUUGAAGAUGCUGCUGUGGAGAACGAACCGCAGGGGAUGGCACCGGCUUUUUUCGAGAUCGGUGGCAAGCGCGUGUCAAAGGCGAAGUAUUUGACACAGGCCUUCAAUACCUUCCGAAAGCCAGGCUCGCGAGAUCGGCUCAAGCGGGUCGCUGAUGGCCAAAGAUAUGCUGUUUUGACAUCGACCGAUCUGCAGGUUGACGAUAGCCAGACCCAGCCUGUAUUGUCUGAUGAUGUCAUCACGUUCGGCAUUCCUAUCGUUACUCUCAUGCACUGCGACAACCGUUACUUUGUUGGUAUUGGCGAGGUUACCGACAUCACAUUCAAUGGCAAACAUGUUCAAGAACUUCCCGUGAACUUUGCAUCUGAAUCGUCUGCAUUCGUGUCAUUUCAGUUACUUUUCCUGACUCCUACGAUGUCAGAUGAUGAUCCUACCUUGCUUAACGACUGGUGA